CUCCAUCUGAACGCUGCGUUAAUUUGGCUCCAGGAGCCCAUAGAGAGCCUCCUCAACGGCUCUCAGCGGAAUGCCCGAAGGGGGAGGGGCCACUCCUUCUUUCCUGUUGGGGGGUCCGCUGAUAGAUAAAUAUAAGACCCCCGCAAGAAUGCGAUCACAUUGGAAAAAAAACAAGUGACUGUGUUGCCUCCUCUCGCUCGACACACAGACGCUCCAAGAUGCAGCAACUGAUCCUGUGUGUUCUCCUGGCAUCCUUCUGGACGAGCUGCACCGGAGCAGGAGACUGGUGCUAUCAAUCCCAGUUUACCUGCGAUCAUCAGUGCAAUGCACCAGAAAAGUGGGACCACGCCUUUAAGGAAUGUGCAGGAAAAUACCAGUCGCCCAUCAACAUCGUCACCAGAAAGACUUUGAAAGAUGAACGUCUGACUCCGAUAAAGUUUAAGAACUACCAGCAGAUCUUCAGGAGCACCAUCAAAAACAACGGCCACUCAGUUCAAGUUGGAGUUCCUCAUCUGAGCACCAUCUCAGGGGGAGGCCUGCAGGGCAUCUACAAGGCGGUGCAGUUCCACCUGCACUGGGGCAACAAUGGAGGACCUGGCUCCGAACACACCAUUGAUGGGGAGCAGUAUCCCAUGGAGCUGCACAUUGUUCACAUGAAGAGCCACUACACUGAUCUGACUACAGCUUUGAGAGAUCCAGAGGGAAUUGCAGUUCUUGGAUUUUUCUAUGAGAAAUCCAACAGUGCAAACAGAAAGUAUGAAGCCAUCAUCAACACUGUGCGAAAUGUCAAAGCCACAAAUAGUAAUACAUCUCUACCAGCCAUCUCUCUGGCCCAGCUGAUCCCAUCUGAGCAGAAUCUGACCUCCUACUACCGAUACAAAGGCUCUCUGACCACCCCAGGGUGUGCUGAGGCCGUGGUUUGGACUGUGUUUGAGAAGCCCAUCCCUCUGAGCAUGGAUCAGCUGGGAGCAUUCUCAGACCUGCAGUUCCACGAUGGCAAGCAGAUGAUGGGAAAUUUCAGGCCUGUCCAGCCCCUCAAUGGCCGGCAGGUGUUCAGAUCAGGAGGUGCCAUGAUCCUGGCCAGCUCUGCCCUCCUGAUGGCCGCCAUUUCCAUGGCGUUGGGAUUGUCCCACCCCAACUAGAGCGAGGCAUCCCAAUGCUGCACUGCGACAUCCAUAAACACAAUAAGCUCUGUAUCAAUCCUCAGCUGAGCCCUGGUUUGUAACAUCUUAGUCUCACGGCUGCAAAGAUGAUAGACCAUGUCGUAGUGCAGGCAUUACCUGCCUGGUGUUCCUCCCUUAUGACACAAAUGACAAAGGCAUUCGAGGAAUGCCUUACGAAAGGAGCUGUAAGGGUUUCAUCAGCAUUCAUGCAUGCUUAGUGAAAGAAUAGGUCUUAUUUCAGCAUUAUGAAUGUGCCAUAAAACAGGUUGCCAAUCACUCUAAAAUGACAACUAAUUUCAGAUUCAACCCCAGAUCUCCUAGUCAUGCCCUCGUUUCUCACAGCAUCAUCCUAAACACCAACACACUCCUUGAACACUUAAGACCUCAUCCCCCCUGUCCAAUGUCAGGUAAAUUUAGUCUCUGCUAAUGUCAGAGUGACUUGUCGAUGUCAGCCCCAUGAACUGGCAUGUGAUGAGUUAUUAAUGGGGCAUGUGAACAGCAUGGAGUUAUAAAUAGCAGAACUGAUUCAUAAAAACAAGCUCCAUUUCAAAGUCAGAGGUCAAAACAGUUUGUUUUUUGUUUCAAAGUCCAGGAGCGCACAGUACAACUGACAGGUGAAGCCCUCACAGCCACUGAGUCAGCAGCUGGUUUGUGAAAAGGAGCAAGUGUGACAAGUGUAAGGCCUUUUUCCACCAGCAUUCUGUAACUGGAAAAUCCACAAAGAACAAAUGCAUACUGUUCUGAGAGCAGAGCUGCAGGCUCUCUCCUCUCAGAGUCAGAGGAAGCCGACACCUGAGGGAAAAGUGAUGAUGAUGCAGAGAUGCUGAUAGUGACUCACACAGUGAGUGACAGCAUCAUGCAGAACGAGGACACAGCAACACUUCUCAGAGCCGAGCAGCACGUCUUUUCCACCAUUACUUUCACGCAUUUCAAACGUAUCACAUGAGCCCGUAUGUCUUGAUGUUGCAGAUGGUGAGCUACAUGCACGUGGCUGCUGAAGUGAUGCCGCACACACUAAACAAUGCUUGCCAGAUUCAUACACACACCUCCGUUUCUCCCAGUUUUGACCCAUAAAGUUCAAUGAGCUUAUCGUGAGGACAUGUGACUGUGUUCAUGGCUUGUAUUUCAGGCUCUGGGAUGCACUGAAUGUUACCGACUGUGAAUUACACCCCACUGAGUUCUCACUCAUUUAUUCAAGAGGACUUGUUAUGCAUUCUAGUGAGAGAUCUGUGCAAUUUUCCAGCAAGAUGUGUUGUGUUGAUCUAGCAAAGAAUCUGUAUAUUGUCCAUUGUUUCAUACGCCCUACAGUUAUAUUUCUAUGCUGUGCCACUGUACACAUGUAUUUAUGUACUGAAUGUGUAUAUUGAUAUGAGACGCACAGUUAUUGUUAUUUAUGUAUUGCAAAGUACAGUAGGCAGUAGUACUGAGUGCAAACCUAUAUAUGAAGCAUCAAGUUGUUCAUGUCCAAUAGAGUUUACUUUAUGAUCUUCAAGUGUAUAAGACUGUCAGGUUGUAAUGCUUGAAAGUGUUGUAAAUAAUAUGGAGAAUGUGUUUCAACUGAACAAUAAACUGCUUACAUGCCUUUUUAA